AUGCUAACAAAGGGUUUGCUAACGAAGGGUGCUAUUGAUGGUACUGUUGGCGGUGGUGCUAUUGGUGGCGGUAGUGGUGAACAGGAAAGAUCAGGCGCCGCUAUCACAAGCUUUCCAACACUAGAAUCAGCUGAAAUUCGAACAAGUAGCAGUCAAGAAUCGGCAUCAAAUUUGAAACGACGACCUAAAUUUGAGCAAAUCUCAUUAUGA